AUGAACUAUCUGCGUGCCACACGUAGUGUAGAGUGUUCGUCUGCGGCGCAGGACCUGGCGAGAUUGGUGUUUACAAGAAGAUCAAAUAAUAAUAUCAAUCAAUUCAUUUUAGAUUCAGACGAUGAAGUCUUGGCUAAGCGAGUUGUUAGACUCGAAUCUGAGAAGUACGAUUUGAAGAAAGCUCUGCGAAACAAAGAAGCGGAACGCAUGAAGUUACUUGUAGAGAAAGAUAGAAGAAAGGAGAGCACGUCUUUCAGAAAGGAACUGAAGUUAACAGAAGAGAAAUGCGGACGUCUUGAACAAAUGUACAGCAGAAGAGAAGAGAAAUUGCUGGCGGAAUCGCAGAGAUACAAGAAAGAGCUGGAGAAGGUAGAUGUUGAAAAUGAACGAUUAAAGUGGUAUCUGAAAUACGAAAGAGAAGAGUAUAAAGCACUUCAUGAUAAAUAUAAGAACGAAAAGAUCAUUACUCGUGUCAAAUUGGAAAGAUUCCAGGACAUAUAUGAAGAAGAGAUUUUGGAAACCAGAUACCGAUAUGAGAUGUUGCUGAACGGUGUUGAGCGCGAAGUGGAUCGCUUGAAAUUUAACAGCAGAGAAGAGGAUGGCGACGAAGAUGAAAGUAGAUCAGGUAAUGCUAAGAAGGGAUAUGUUGACGCAUCGAAGUCAUACAGAGUGACGCAGCUUGACGUUCAUGAAGCUGCACAAGAAAUCCUCCGUUAUAAUGAGGACAUGAAACGGGAAAGUGCGCAAUUGUUGCAAGCUCUGGAUAAAUUCAAAAAUCAGACUGAAGAUUACCUCACGCUUCGUAAAGUUUAUCUUAAUAAGAUAAAAAAAAACUUUUCUCUUGAAAAAAUAGGGAAAGAGUUUGAGAAAUUAGAUGUGAGAGACAUGGAGAGAAAAAUUGGACGACCAUUUGGAUUGGAUAGUCGCAUCCACACAUCAGUGGGAAUUGAGAGACGUGAUGAAAGUUUAUAUUACUUUCUGAGAGAGAAAGAGGGAAAAGUGGAUGUUAUGAAGAUCGAAAACGAAUCCUUGCGCGCUGAGAAAGAAGAAAUGUGUGCCAAAAACGAAAGAAGCAAAUCCAAACUUAAGGCUUACCAGGAUGUGAUUGAAGAGAAAGAAAAGAAGAUUGGAGAUUUGAAGGCAAAGAUAACUGAAACUGACAACAGUGCUAUAGAGAUAAGACGCUUGAAGGAAGAUUUGAAGCAACAUAAAGUUCAAAUUCAAGAGUUACAGAAGACACUUGUCACCAAAGAAAAAGAAAUUUUUCGCUUGCAGAAAGAGCUACGAAAAAUUGGAAAUCAACAACCAAGAAAAGACGAAAAUGGAAUUGCCUUUGAGAAAGAUACUGGAGAUCAAAUGGGUUGCAAGGAUAGAAGAGAAGAAAAGGAAAAAGAAAAAACAAAAGAACAAGAACUCGUGGCUGCAGUUACGGAUAAAGAAAAACAGAUCAAUUUGUUAAAGUUUCAGUUGCAAGAAUUGGAAAAGCAAAAUGCUAAAGGAAGGGAAAUGAGACAGAAGCAACAUGAAAGGGAAAUGAUCCUAAAGAUAGAGGAGAUUAAGCUGUUAAAAUUUGAAUUUGAACAAGCCGAAAAGAAAUCUAAGCUCCACUCUGAUAAACCAUUGAAAGAGAUUAAACUGCAAAUCGAGAAACAACAAACCAUCGAGGAUAUGUUGGUUAGAGAGGAGAAAUUUAGUAGUGAAUUGGAGAAAGCUAAAGGUGAAAUUGUUUCUCUACAAAGCGAGUUGAAGGCAAAAAUACUUUGCGUUGAAGAGAAACGUGAAAAGGAAAUUGAGUUAGAAAAGCAGAUUCUAUAUAAAAAUGGAAAAAUUAAGCUUCAUGGAAAGGAAUUAACUGACAUGAGUCAACGCUACAAUAACAUUAAUGAUAAAUGCAAGGACCUUCAAAGUAAAUUGGAAGAUUGCAAAGAAAAUUGCAAAGUGCUACAGGAACAGUUACAAGAUCAAAGUAUGAAACACGAGAGAGAAGUUUCCAAUGCAGUAAAUGAACUCGAAGAAAGAUGCGAAACGUUGCAAAAGAAAUUGGAAAAUGAGAAAAGGCUAAGAAUAAACGAAAGCCAACAUCCCAACGAGAGAGCAAAAGCGCAGUUUGAAAUUGAGCUUUGGGAAGAAAAGUGUAAAAACGUGAGAAGUGAACAUGAAAAAGAAAAGAGUGGUGCGUGUGAGGAGAAAUGCAAAGAUUCGUUGGAUGAUAGUAAAGAGAUGUUAGCUGAAUUGAAAACCUGGAAAGAAAAUUGUAUCAAGCUACAAGAACAGUUAGACAGAGAACGUAAGAUAAAGGAAAAUUUAUUAUCUCCCGAAAUCGACGCGUUAAAAAAACAAAUAAAAAUAUUGGAAAGUGAGUUACAAGGAAAAGAAGUCACGAUGAAUGAAAGAGAGAAAACUUUUGAAUUAAAUAACAUGGAGUUGCAGCAACUAAAAGAUGAAUUUGCCAACAGAGAAGAAUCUAUGAAACAGAAUGAUGCAAAGAUGAAGCAGAAGUAUGACAAACUAAAUGAAAUAGAGGAGAAGCACAGUUGGGCUACUAAGAGAAUCAUGGAGCUUGAAGAUCUUUUAAAGAAAGAACAAACUCAACUUAGUGAACAUAAAUUACAAGAUGAGAAAAAAAUCUCAGAUAUGGAAAAACAAAUCCACGAUUUGAAACAAGUAAACACACAAAGUCAAGUCGAACUAUCAGAUUUGAAGUUGAGCAAUUCGCGUUUAUUGGCCAGUAAGAAGGAGUUGGAAAAGCGAGAACGUAUUUCUGAUAAGCAGGUAUGGAAUCUACAAGAAAAGGUUUACAAUUAUGAACAAGAUAUUAUUAAAAAUAAUGUGAUCUUGGAGGAGCAGAAACAGAUCAACCAGAAGCAAAAAGAACAGAUUGAGUUUUUGAGAAAGAAAGAGAGAGAACAUAACGCGGAAUUACAAAAAUAUAAAAACAACACAAAGAAUGAAGAAAAAGUCAACGAGCUUUUAAACUUGUUAGCAGAAGAAAAAAAGAAAGUCAAAGAAAACGAAGAAAGGUGCAGGAUAUUGGAAGAAGAUAAAAAAAUGAUUAUAAAGGUUGUUGAACAAAAACAAGAACAGAUAAACUUAUUAAGCAGCCAGUUGAAGGAGAGUCAACAAUCUGUGGAAGAGCAUAAGAAAUUAAAAAGAAGAAACUGCAUUGAAGAUCAGAAGGAAAUCAAUAAGAGCCAACUCGAGCAAAGUCAAGAAAACAACAAAGUUGAAUUGGAAAAACUUCGUCAUCAACUUUCACUAGCUCAAGAAGAACUUGCAAAAUUACAACAGGAAAAAGAAAUAUUGAAAAAAGAAUACGAUAACAAGUUGUACAACAACAAAAUAAAAAUAGAAAACCUACAAGAUGACAAAGAUAUGUUGAAAAAGAAGUUACAAAAACUACAAGAUGAAACUAAGAACAACGAAACAGAAACAUCUGUCCUUAAAAAGAAAAUUGAGCAUCUUACAAAACAGUCAUCAGAAUUAGAGAAAGGUUAUUUGAACGAAAAAGCGAAAGUAUUGCAAUCCAAUGAAAUUACCACAGCAUUAAACACCGAAAUUGAUCAACUUAUUGCAGAUAAAGAGAUUUUGCAAGAACGUUUAGAAAAUGAAAGAAAUGCAAAAUUAACAAACCUGGACAUGGAUGAAAAAAUCAAAGAAUUAGAAAAUGAAAAAGAGGAAAGGGAUAUACAAAUUGGCGAACUGCAGCAAGCACUAGUAGCGCAAGAUGAAACUAUUGACGAUCUAACACGAAUGAUAAGACAGCUGGAAUUUCUUCUCGAAGAAGAACACAACGCGCAAAAAGAAAAAAAGGAUCGCCAAAAAAAUAUAACAUUGACUAAAAAAAACACCAAUAGCAAUAAUGGUUUAAAAAGAAAGAGUCCAACUGAGAAUCAAAAGAUGCACAUGUCGCCAGAAAACAGUGACAUUUCUGACGAAGAAAGUUUCGGGAUCCCACUUGCCAGACAAUUCACAGCACAUCCUAGCGAUUUUGAUGAUGACAACAACGAUUAUUAUGACGAUGGCAACGAUCAUCACGGUUACCUGCCUGAUAAGGCAUCCCAGAAAAAUCUCAAUGCUGGUCAACAUAUGAAGCGUCAAAGCGAUGAUGAUCAUCAAUACAGUUACCUUCCUAAUAAAGCAUCACAAAAAAAUAUCAAUGCUGGUCAACAUAUGGAGCAUGAUAGCGAUGGCCAUGAACUUUUUGUACCCACAUUGGGAAUGUUGCAGAAUUUAAUGGCACAAGAACUUUACCAUGAAGAAUAUAUGAAAAACAACCAUAACAACGCACCACAAAAGGCCAAGGUUACAAUGCCACCAAUAACGCAAACACAACCACUACCACGUGGAAAGUUGGCUCCACUCGGAACACCAGCCUUUCCUUCACCAGCUGGAAAAUUAGCACCACUUGCUCCGAUAAAGACUCAAACAAUUCCACAUUUAGCACCGAUUAAAAAAACAGCUCCACUGGGUAGAAAAUUGUCACCAUUAGAUCGUGGUAAAAAAUUACCUCCUAUAAAAUUGGGGAAGAAACUUUAACUUUUUUUACUAACUUUUAUUAUAUUUUUAAAUUAUAUACGAGUGACUUUUAUCUUAUCCUUUCCGUGGUUCAUAAAUGAUGAUAUCGACCAAUCUCUUCAUUGCGAUUCAUAGAAAAAGAUUUUCGGACAGCUUUUUUGUUAGAGAUCGUUGUCUACGUUUACUCUUAAUAUAAUUCUUUCACCUCAUAAGAAACACGUAUAUUCCUUUUGGAUUUUUUGUAGCUAAAUAACCGCUUCGAAACUGCCUUAAAUUAGCUGAAAGUUACCUGCCGAUGAAUGAUCAUGCGGCGACAAUAAGAUAUCCCGGCAAUAUGAUAUCGCUUAAUACCAUUUAAUUCAACAAAUUUUUGUAUUUAAUCUCAUAAGUAAGACCACAAUGCUUAUAUACUUUUUUGUUAAAACACCGUACAGAGCAAAUUAGGUUAUAGCACCAUCGUUAAGUACAUGCACUUUGAAAUUGUUAAUGUUUACGUAUGGACUUAGAAUUAAAAGUUAUAAAUUUUUUUGAUCAAGACCAGUGGCGUGUUCCACAAUUAAAACAUCACAGAAACUGCCAUUAGUCCCUAUCAACGUUCUUACCAGGCCUGCCCGACCCAAAGUAUGUCUUUCACAGCCUACCUGUCAAAAGCAGCAUUUGUCGGGCGAUUCUAAUCGGUAAUUUUUUCAAACAUUUUUCCAAUAAACAUAAACUAUGGAUUUUAGUUAUAGGUUUUAUUUUUAAAUACUGUUAACAAAAAUUUUUUGAUUACUUUUAAUUUCAAAACAAUUGGCUUGCACAGGUACUGUAGAUUGAAGCAAAAAACUUAAAUUAAAAAAGUAGGUAACAUGUUGCUAAAACAAAGUCAUACUCAUUUUUUAUUUUCUACGUACUUUUCGAUACAAGCGUCACGAGUAUUUCUAAACGGUGCUGUCUAAAGUUUGCAAAAGCUUAAGCAGAUCAAAAGGAGAGAUCACUGACAAUGAUAAUUGAUGUUAAAAUGUAUCGACCAUUUUUUAAAUUAUAAACUCAUAACUCUUCUUUGACAGAAACUUUCAAUAUAUAACUGAAUAGUUAUAAGAAUAUUGAAUGCAAAGCUUUCUACGCAUUUGGCUAA